AUGUCUGCUUUCUCAGAAGAGACCCUUUCAAAAAAGUUUAUGUCCUUAAAUGAGACGCAAGCCUCAAUAGUGGGGCUAUCUCAAUGGAUUUUGUUUCAUCAUCGACAAGCUGGGAGAAUUGCUAAAACAUGGCACAAAUCUCUAGACACGUCACCAAAAAAUAAGAAGCUCCCGUUGAUAUAUUUGGCAAAUGACGUUGUUCAGCAGGCCAGGGCAAAAAGAAAAACCGAGUUCAUCAAUGAGUUUGGCAAAAUUUUACAACCUGCAUUAUUGAAAGCUUAUCAAGAAGUGAACGAUUCUAUAAUCAGACUGAAAAUCAAGAGAUCUGUCAAUGUUUGGAAAGAGAGACGAAUCCUUUCUUCGAGUGUGCUCAAUAUGAUUUUGGAUGGAUUCAAGGAAAUUGAUUCCAGUGACUCUACAAAUCGUGCUGUUGAUCUUUCAUCCGCUGCAAAAUCUCAACCCGAGUCAUCUGUGAACUUUGCAAAAACUGAGUUAAAAAAUUUAAACGAUAAAUAUUCUAAAUAUAAUGAAACUUGUGCAUCAAUGAAUAAAAGUAUUCAAAAAUUCAAUUCUGAAUACGAUGAUUUAUUUGCCGAAGAUAGUAAUUUGCAAUCGCCUUCCAUAUUUCUCAAUCAGAUUCAAAACCUCACCAAUAUCCAUAACAAUGGGAUCAAACUGAGGUUCGAAUCAUUGGUCUAUGAAAAGAAGCAGAUCCUUUCCGAGAUUGAAGAGCUCCUUGCAACAGAGAAGAAGUCUCUAAGUUCAAUGGAGAGUUUAGAGGAAUUCUUGAACAAAGAAAAUUUGAAUGGCAAACUAGAAAAGAUAUUGGAAACAAAAAAAGAUUUAGAAGAAAUGAUUAUUCUGGAUGCCACACAAGAGAAAGAAGAAUUAGAAGCACCAUCAUAUAGCCCAGUUUCGUCGCCAAAGAAAAAGGUCCUGUUCGAACUCCAUGCUGAUGAUUAUGCCGUUCCAAAAUAUGAGAAUAGUGAUUCAGACAGCGAUUCAGAAGAUGACCAGGAGCCAUUGCCUAAGAAGCUCAAGAUCGAUGUACCUGUUGCUGUGGCUGCUCCUACUGUGACCACUUCUGUGAUCGCUCCCCCGAUUACUGAUGCUACAAAGCUACUUGAACAACUCAAGCAACUUAAAUGA